UGAUGAAUUAAUUUCACUCUCAACGAAACGCAACAUCGCGACAUCGAGAAGAAAAAGAAACUUUGGAUCUUUGAAAAUAGCACGCUGCAACGUAAUUAGAGUCGUUUCAGCGUGCAAACGAGCGUUAUCCAUUAAGAAUAAUCUGCAGAAGUGAAUGAGCAUCAUUAAAAAGCUGGAGCUCCAAAACGUCGUGUCGAGUAACGCUGUUUGUUUCUCCCAAAAGUUGACUCGUCCCAGUUACGAAAUUAUCCCAUUAACGAGCAAGGGUCGAAUCGAUAGCCCCCGAAAUCGCGAGGCGAGAGGUCGGAAGCGAAGAGAAGAGAAGAGAAGAGAAGAGAAGAGAUCGUUUCGAUGAGGAUGUUCAUAGGGUACUCACGGACGGAACGACAGACCGAGCAGUCGCACGAAUGAAAUUUACGCGAGAGCUAAUUGGCAUUUGCUCGGUGGCUCGGCUCCGGCCCGGAAUUAAUUACGGAAUUAGGGAGUCACCGUGAGAGGUUGAAGGGAACCUCGUUGAAAUGACAAACGCGAGUCAAGGGCCACGAUCUAAGUACGUUUCACGCUCGUCGGCCGAGCCUGUGGCCUCUCUUUCGCCCUGCGGGUGACUCGCCUGCACACGAACAAAAAUAAAGCGCAGCCCCGUCGGCACGCGAGUCCGCCGACUAUCGUCCCGUUGUCGUGAAUUUCGCGAUAGUUGCCUGUCUCCAGACAAGCGUGCGCGCUACGUUGAACGUGGUCGGCAUUUCUGGCUGUUUGCGCGAAUUUCCAAGGGAGAGAAUGUCCGAAGAUACGGUCGAGAACACCGGUCACUGAGAGGAGAGACGGGAAGAAGAUGCGCGGAUAACGUACGCCGAGCGGCAGGAAGGAGCGCAAAAUGCCUCAAGGAAGCAUCCACUGGCAAGGGACGCAGAGAAGAGCCUGCGGUCCAGGAGCUCACUGGAAUGUACAGGUGGUGAGAGGCAAGGUGACAACGCGGUGCUUGUGGUACGCCUGCAAAGCUCUCGGAAUUGGUCUGCUACUAAUGCUUUUAGGAGCUUGCAUGGCGACCAUAGGAUACUUCGCAGAUGAGCUGUCCAUAGUGCAAGAGAUCAAAGGUAAUCAAACAGUAAGAGUGAAGAAUAAAUCACGUGGCUUUCACCUGAAUAAUCUCAGUUAUGCCGGCCCAAUUGUAAUGGGCGUGGGAGGGUUCAUCGUGGUAGCAGCUUGCGUGAUGACCUUCGAAGCUCGUGACAACGCUGCCAAAGUGGUGCCGGCUCGUUUCCGCUUUAAUCAAACGUCGACAAUAAAAAACACGAGGAAUCAACGGAACCGUAGGUCCACGUCUAGUCAAACGACCAAAUGGGAUCACCAGCUCGGUGUGUUCAAAGUGAACAGAAGCCCGAGCCCGAGCAUACACGAGGUCUCCAGGAAACAGUUAACAGCGGAGUUCAUGCAGAUCUCUAAAGAACUGAGCGAGAAACAAGCUGGCCAUUCGAUCAAAAAAAGCCCUAGCGCCCCGACGUUAAUCGAGAAGAAAUCACCUCGUAAGAAAACGUCGAAACACUCUGGAUGCGCGUUGUUAAACCCUGAAUUGUUGAAGAGGCAUGCUCUUUCCGUUGAUAAUCCAAGUUACAGUCCUCAUCAGGUUAGCAGGGAGAGUUUGGAUCAGCAAAAAAUGGGAGGCAGCCAAGUCUCGAUGACGCUGGACUUGCACAUCCCCAAUAAAGGUCCGGUCACUUUGAAAGUGAAAGACAGAUCGGACACCGCGAGACGUCAUCAACUACUUCGACAAACGAAAGUUGAUUACGUCGAGGAAGUUGAUGAAGCAGUUAAAUCCCCAACGGGUCGUGGUUAUUCGCCUAAGUUGUCAGGUGCCUAUAGCAAAUACCCAGACGAUUUUGUACCGCGGAGGAAAAACUCGAUAGACAUACGAUUAUUUGAGGAAUUGACCGCGUCGAAAGAUCUCACGAAAAUAUCGCCCAGAGACUUCCGUAAAAUCUCCUCGCCGAGCUUUCAUAAAAUGUCAUUCGACAAAGCCGGAAGCGAACGUAGAAUCGAGAGAAUGGGUCAGCGUAAAGCCAGCCUCGAGUUCAGGAAAAGUCCUGAUUUCCGCAGGGGCGACUAUAGAAAAUUGUCAGUAGACAGAUUCACUGCUGAUUUCGCCAAGUAUCUGUCUGACGAGGAAAUGAGAUCAAGGGCGAACAGCGGUGAAAAUCUGAGGCGGCAACGACAAGCGAAACUGCAUCAUUCUAGGUCGGACGAUAACAAGAGAGCGUCUUUCGAGAAGCAGCAGAAAGACGCGCAAUCGAGCAGGCACUCUUUGAAUACGCAAGCGGUCAUCGAGACCGGUGAAUCCGAGUUCAAAUAUUUCACGACGGUGUCUCUCGACACCGAAGAAAGUCGGGCGGACAAUUCCGACGAUAGCCACGCGAUCGAUAUCGACGAACCGAUCGUCACGAAUGUGUCGUCCGAAGGACCGACUGAAGUUGAUGCCUUACUCGAGGAACCUGAGCUCGAAAAUGUCUCGGAGAUUGAAACCUCCAGGGACGAAUUGGACGAGACUGAAACGUGCACUGAAGUUACAAUGAAAACGAAGAAGUCCAACGAUCAAGUGUCGAAGCAACAGGGGCAAAGAGCGAAUAAUAUUCAUAAUAACGAGACUGUGAAAAAUAAAGAGACUUUGUACGUAGAGGACGACGAAGUUUGAAGAAACGAUCGUCUCUCCGUUAAUGAAACGCGUGAAAGUUAAUAAUUGAAAGAGCUGCGAGACCGAACGAUUCGAGAGAGAAGCUUUUAGGGACAGAUAUAAACGAGAAAUCUAAAAGGCUGAUAUGAAAAUUUGUGCACGAAUGAAUCCUCGAUUUUUUGAGUGAGACUAGGUUUGCGUUUGUCCACCGUUAAAGUACCACGUUUAGUAGAGUAUUGAGAAAUAAAAUAAUUGGUGAAUUUGUUGUAAAGGGUUGAUACAGUCACUUGUUAUUUGAUAACGUAUCCGUUAGAGAGGUAAAAAACAUUUAUAAUAUUCGAUAUGUAACGUAAGUUCAAUGAAACAUUGCGCAAGUUAUAUAAAAGAUACAGCCACGUUUAGAUAAGAUAGACUUAAUUUCAUGUGGCACCGUUUGUUACGGUUGUAUUUUUACGCGUAACUUAGGAAUAAGUAUUGACUAUUGAAAUUAUAAUUUCGGUUUUCUUUCUUUGAAGAUAAAUACUUUGCCUAAUAUCAAUGAAUUCGCUCUGAAUCUUGUGUUAGUUUAUAACACGUUUUUCGCUGUAUUUUGUUUUAUAAUAAUUCAUUGCAUCAAUAAACGUUCUCGAGUUUCGAUUAUGAAUUACGAAACACAGUAACGCGAUGUGUGCUCAAUGAUCUCAAAACUGAUAGUAUAAGUGAAGCUGAUACGGCUCUUCGCGAUGAUUUUGUAUUCUGUUGCGAGACAAUCAUUUUCAAAAGAACGUUAUUUUCAUUAGAAAAGAAUCAUGAUAAGAAAUUUUCCGCGGUGAUGACAAAUAAUGAAUAUAUACCCUCUUAUGUGAUCGAUCAAUCUGUACAAAAUUAACAUUUAUAACGAAGAUACGUAGAAGUUAUAUUGAAAUUAUGAAACAUAUUUCUGCCGAGAAUAAUCAUAGAAACUCUGUACAUUGUACACGAACAAUUUCGUCAAUAUUCACGAUACAUGUAUAAAAGAAAGCGAAAUGACAAUGAUAAACUGCAAAGCGAAAUUGUUGAAAAUUAUUCACGCUAUUUCAAAUAUUUGAGAAUGUAUCGAAAGCCUUUCAACUUGCUUUCAAAAUAUUUAACGUAAAAUACAUGCAUUUCAAAUACUACAAACAAAUUGUCGAUAUGCAUUUGCAGUGAUACUCAAGAUUUUACUAAAAAUGUAUUUUCCAAUUUUUAACACUUACAAUAUAUCAUAUUACCAUUCCUUAAUCCAGAGUUAUGCUAUUAAAUGACUGCUACAAAAAAAAAAAAAUAUAUAUAUAUAUAUACAUAUAUAAAAAAAAAGUGUCGUUUUAAACGUUUUUUCUCAAAUUGAAACAAUAAAAAUUAUACUAAAAAAUUUCCCAUGCUAAGAAAAAUCAUUGUAAUUGCGCGUAUAGCACGGUUUUCUCAUACCACAUUAAACUCAAUUUAAAUGCAUAUGACGUCAAUAUUCACGAUGUUACAUUUACAUAUUACAACGUUGAAAUGUCUCUAGUAAAAUAUUUGUAAAAGCGCAGUAAUUCAGAACAAAAAAAAAAUAAAAAAAAAAGAAGAAUUAACUGCCAAAAAUCUUCCUUAUUCUAUUGUUAAACCGAGUUGCGGCCUAUUUCAUUAUACGUACACCUGCGUACGAUAUCGAGAUAAUCGUUCUUCAAUUCCACGAAAAAAAUAUUUUUCCUUGGACGAUAUAACGAGAACGAAGGAAUUAAUAAAUUCCGCAGGUACUCAGAUCGAGUGUAAAAGAAAAGAAGUCUAGCAAAAAAAUGACAAUCCAUUAACGUCGAGUGAUAUAUGCGUUGUUUAAAAAAAAAAAAAAAAACACAGGCUUAGCCAAAUGAAUAACAAAUAUCUAUUUUUAUAUCUCUCGUACGAUGAUAUGGUGACAUUGAUGACACACAAUCGAACAUAUUCAAGUCAGCGGCGUUCUACGGUUUAAUUUAUUUUUGACUAAGUAUGAUUAAUACGCACAUGGAAUCAGUGAAGAAACAUUUUUACGUGAAGAAAGAGAGAGAGAAACUUGUUCGUUUAUUUCUGUUCCAUGUUUUACACUAGAGAUUGAAAACGAAAGUGCAUACGAAUUGCAUUUGUUUAGAAAACAAAAAGUUGUUUGUUACUCGAGUUCGAAUGGACCAAUGUUUAAAAAAAUAUACGUAUAAAGAUGAUGAAUCUUUGAUAAUGUUUGGAAAAUUGCCUCUUUGACUCGGUCUAAUAUGUAUUCCCCAACCAAUGUACUAAGCUAGAUUUUAUUUAAAAAGGCUAAAAUUGAUUAAAAUUUUUUGAUUGUUAAACAUUAUCAUUUUAAUUCUCUUGAAUAGAAUUGUCAAAGGUAUAAGUUCAAAGAAACUGAAAUAUUUAUAUUCUUUUUCUAAACCUAAGUAAAACUACGUAAGAAAUUUUAACUUUUGAAAUAUAAUUUCAUCUACGCAAAGGUUGCAACGGAAUUUCAAAAUGAUAUAUUAAAUACUGGUAUUACUCUGUUAAUUAUUCAUACCUGUAAAUAUACAAAAUACAUAGUUAAAUAUUAACAAGAAAAACAUAAUCAAGCUGUGAUGAAACUGUAAGUAAAUAAGAGUUAAUAACAAUUAGGAAGGACUGCUUGCUACUAUCGUUUGUGCUGCAAAUUCGAUACAAAUAUCUACAGAUUAAACUCAAGAUACUCAUGAAAUACAUGAUUUUAUCCAUUUAUGGAUUUCUUGAAACUAUAAUGAUGAUGUGUUUAGAUCGUUUCUAGUACAUAAUAUUUUGUUUAAACUACUUUUUUCAUAUGAUAUUUAGAAAUACAUAUAUGACAUUUGAUCAGAUUCUUGAUAUU